AGAUUAUUGGUUUGGAACCAUACUUUUCCAGAGGCAUUCAGACAUUUAGUGGCAGGAUAGUUGAUAGCGAGGAUGUACCAUCUGGAAAUAGGGAUUAUCACACUUAUUAUUUUUCUGACUGUUGCUGAUGGCGCGUAUUCUGCUGCUAUGGAAACGGAAAUCCGGAACCAGACAGUGUACAGUUCCGGUUAUGACCCAAUAUCUCGCCCGGCGGAAGUGACGCACGUGAAAAUAGGGCUUAACGUGCUGGCUAUUGAUGAAUUGGACAUAAAAGGCCAAAAGUUAUCUGUAGCGGGCUGGCUUACACUGGAGUGGCAAGAUGACCGAUUGCAAUGGAACAAGACGGAAAAGAACGACAUUGAGUAUAUGUUUACAAAACCAAAAGACAUCUGGAAACCCGAGCUCAUUGUUGACAACUCGCUACGUGACCUCGGAGCUCUACAAGGCGGGUCCUUAAUGUUACGGGUGUUACACACGGGUCACGUGGAGUGGACCCUUCCCCAGAUCCUUACCACGUCCUGUCAGGUCGACAUCACGUAUUAUCCGUACGAUGAGCAGAAAUGCGCCAUCGAGAUUGUGAGCUGGGGGUUCCGGAUAGAUGAACUGAGUCUGGACCAUCUCUUCGAGGAAGUGAACCUCGAGGACUUUGUGCAGCAUGGCGAGUGGAUGAUUGUCGGUACUGCCCUUGAGGAUAUGAACUUAACAGAACACCUCCCGGACGGCUCUGUGGUCAUCUACCCUCAGGUCGACUUCUGGCUACACCUCAGGCGGCGGACGCAAUUUUACAACCUAAACGUUAUGAUGCCCGUGAUCCUGACCUCCAUCCUUGCUACCCUGGUCUUCAUGGUGCCAGUGGAAUCUGGGGAGAAGGUGUCCUUUGUGCUAACUGUGUUUCUCUCCCUCGCUGUGCUGCUCACUAUCGUGUCAGACUCCCUUCCACCAACUUCAAUCACCGUCUCUGUUCUAGGUGUGUACCUGGGCGUUGUCAUGGUGAUGGCAGCAUUCGGUGUGUUUCUCACCGUAUUAAUUUUGCUAAUUCAUCAUCGUCCGGGGAAUCCAGGUUCUUCGUGCGUGCUCGUCAAGAUAACCAGGAUUUGUGCGAGGGUUCUGUGUAUGGAAUUCCCGAGAGGAGACGAACAGGAGGAUGCCCAAAGCAACAUGGUUUCGCCUUUAAAGGACACCAAAGAAGCGAACGGUGGAAGCCGAGUCAACAUUACCCAGACUCGUGAAACAAGUCAAAUAAGCAGCAUUGAUGUCGAAGUGACUUGGGUGCGAAUGGCGGAAAUUCUGGAUAGGACUAUAUUCAUUCUUUUCCUGACGCUUACCCUUCUCAUCAACAUUAUCUUCGUGGCGGUGCUCGCCUACUCCAGCGGGUAA